AUGUGCGAUGCUGGCACAAUCAAUACUACAGAGCCGAAUGCGCUGAGGGAUCUGGUCGAGGUAGAGGGCUGGGUAGGCAAGCUGCUCGGUAGCAUCAACCUGCCAGGAAAACCUGGAAACUUUGGCACGAGCUUCGCAAACUCAAGUGCGCCCUCGUUGAUUGCGUCGAAUACCCCAGCCUUGCCCUGGCGCAGGGCCAACGUACGGCAUACGUCCAACGAGAUGUACGCAGACAUCGUCGAGACACUGACAGUCACACUUGCUCCUUCGGGCAGGCCACUGGCAGCAUUUUCCAACGGAACGAUAGCAUUCACGUGCAAAGUUUCGGGAGUGCCUGACAUUGUCAUGACAUUAACGAGUCCAUCCGGCAAACACAAUUUGGCGGGCUUCAUGGAACUGCCUGUAUUUCAUCCCUGCGUACGUUUGUCGCGGUGGAAGGAGAGGCCUGGUGAACUCAGCUUCAUACCCCCAGAUGGCCGCUUCAUCUUGGCCAGCUAUGAAGUAGACCUGCUUCCUUUUACGAGCGGCAAGAGUGGCAACAUCAGCUCAAACAACCUGAAGCUGCCCGUCAAUAUUGAGAUGAAGACCGGGCUGGGACCAGCGGGUUCCGACUUUGAGGUCCGGCUUCACGUGAACAAGGUUCUGGGUACAGGAGGACCAUCGUCGCAAAGUCAGUACGGAAGAGGUGGGGGCGGAGCAGGUCGAGGAUUUGGAGGACCUCAUCCCGGUACCCCAGCGUCGCCUCUCAUGGAAGAUCUUGUGGUCACGGUGCCUCUGCCGGCUGAAGUUAGGAACCUAUCUGAGCUGCGGCCUAGCAAGGGAGAUGCGAGCUUCAGCCCUGGCGAGAAAUUUCUGGAGUGGCACAUCCCAACCAAGGAAUUAUCAGUCGGCACGUCCUAUUUCGGUCUUAGGUGUACAGUCGUGGGACAAUUGCCUGACGAGGAAGAGGAUGAGCUCGACCCUACCGGGUUCGGCUUCGGAAAGUCUUAUGCCUACGACGAACCUUACCAGGCCACCAGUCCUGUUAGAACCAAGAAGGCGACGGAGGGGAAAGACGAUGAGAAGGACGCGAAGAAGGUGGCGCAGAACAAGAUGUUGAUGCCUAGCUCGGCAUCGGUAAGCUUCUCAGUCAAGGGGUGGCUCCCUAGCGGCCUUAAGGUCGAGAGUAUAUUGAUCGAUCCACGAAAGAGCAGAGGCCUAGGAGAAGGCGUCAAACCAUACAAGGGUGUCAAGUAUUUGACAGUCAGCAAGGGCGGUGUAGAGACUCGGUGUUAG